AUGGAUAACAAUAAUGAGAAUGAUGAAAAUCAAGAGCUUCUUAACGAAGAAGAAGAUGAUGACUUUCCUGAAUAUGCCAAUGAAGCAAAUAAGGAACUUAAUGAAAAGGUAUUUAUAUAGGUAUUUUCAAUUUUAGAUCAAAUUAAAAAGAACCAUCAUUCGAGAUAUCAACUCUAAGAUUGAAGAAAAGAGUGAUAAAUUGAAAGUGCUAUCAGAACACUUAAAGAACAUCUAAUAAGAAUUACUUCAUACAUAAGCUUUGGUAUCUAUUCAAUAAUACUUUAGAUCGACACAAAAAACAAAGAAAUUGAAACUGAAGACCAUUUAAAAUAAAUAACAGAAAGAUAAAUUGGUCGUCUUUAAAAUGAAAUGACUAAAUAAUAAAAGAUGUAUAGUAUUCAUACCUUAUUUUAGAAUGAUCGAGUAAUAAGAAAGAUUGAAUGAUGUCUAAAAUUCAAUCUAUAGAGGAAAUGAGAGAUUGGAUAAAUAUAAGAUUGAAAUGAAUUGGAAUUAAGAAGAAUUAGAAUAAUGGGUUUUAGCUGCAAGAUAAAAGGAAGAAGACUCUUUAACAAUGGAAAAAUAUAAAAGAGGAGAUGAAGCCAAAAUUAAAGAACUUAAUCUACAAAUUGAAAAAUUGACAGUUGAGGUUAGUAAGAGAUAAAAUGAAUUGGAUAAAGAAAUUACAGAAACUUAAACUGCUUAAAUUGAAUUAGAUAAAACAGCUGAAGAAUUUAGAAGAUAACAUGAUGAACGUCAUAAAUUAUUUUAACAAUGGUAAGAAGUGACAGAUAAUAUUGCAAGAAGAGAUUAAGCUAUUAGAGAUGAAUCAGAGAGAUAUGCUGAUAUUAAAGCUUAAAUUAAAGCAAAUUAAUAAGAUUUAGAAAAUAGAAAAUCUUAAUUAAUGAAUGAAAAAUAAGAAAAUAAAUCAGUUGAAGUUCAAAAUUAAUAAUUAGAGAGAACCAUAAUUUAAUAAAGAUAAUCAAAUAAAGAUAUUGAAUUAGCUAUAGAUAAUCUUAAGGCAGAUGUAGAAAUAUAAAAGAAUUAAUUAUCUGCAUUUGCAACUGAUUUAUCAAAUAAAAGAAAUAGAUUAGCAUAAAUGUCAUAAGAACUUUUGAUUAAAAAAUAAAGAUUGAAUAAUGCUUAAAAGAAAUAUGCUAGUGAAAAGUAGAAAUUGAAAUUGGAAGAUAUUUAACAUUAAGAAUUUGAAAAAUAAAGGAGUCUAGCAUCAGAUAGAUAUAAAACCUUAGAAAAACAAAGAAUUGAUUUGGAUAAGGAAAUUAAAUUAUAAAAAGAAGUUUUAUUCAAAGCUACUUAAGAUUUAUUUAAAUUAAGAGAAAAUGAAGCUAAUUUAUAUGGAGAAAUAUAAGCAAAUGUGAGUGCUUGUCGUAAUUAUUAAGCUCAUAUCAAUAAAUUGAUUUAAGAAUUUUAAAGAUAAUAAGAAUUAUUAUAUAAUGCAGAAUAUUAAAUAUAAUUGAUGGAAAGAAGAGUUGCAAGAGCCAAAGGAGAACGUACUUUGGAAGAGAAAAAGGAUUUAGAAAAUGAGAUUAAAGAAAUUGAAGAGAAAGUCAAUUUAUAAAAAAAGGAAUUCAAAACUUUAUUGUUGAGUUUAAAAAGACUUGAUGAUGAUCUAAGAGGAACAGAUAGACAAUUAACAGGUACUAAAGCAUCAUAAACUAAAUUGAAAUAAGCUAUAGAUGAGUUAACAUUAGAGAAUGAUAUGACUUAUUAGGAUUUAAGUAAAAUUGUAAAAUCAAAAGAAGAAGUGUUGGUUUAACAUGAUUUUAUGAAAUUAGAAAUAUAAAAGAUUUAAAAAGUAGUAACUACUGCUGUUGAUAAAGUAUUUAAUUUAGAAAAUCGUAAAUAUCAAUUAGAAAUGGCUAUGUAAGAAAGAGAAUAAGAAAUUUAAGUGCAUAAAGAUGUAUUAGUGGCUGAACAUAAAGCAGCUGAAGAGGAAAGACAUAAAAUUGCUGUUGAAUUGGCUGAGAGGUAAAAUAGAGUAAAGAAUCUCAGAAUCAAAUAUGAAUCCUUAGUUUAAAAGAAUAAGUCUUCAAAUGGUGAGUAAGACACUUAAAAUAUUGAGGAACAUUCAUAAGCAUAUUAUAUAAUUAAGGCUUCUUAAGAAAGAGAAGAAUUGUAGAGGAAAGGAGAUGAAUUGAAUGCUGAAAUUAUUAAGAGAGAUUAAGAAUUAAAGGCUUUAGAUAAUACAUUAUCUCAUCUUAAGAAUAGAAACAGUAAGUAUAGAGAUAGUUUCUUAAAUAAGGGUAUUUCUUAGAAAGAAGUAUCUCAUAGAGAUGGAUUGGAAGAGUAAUGUAGAGCAGCAUCUGAGAAUCUAUUUAAAAAGAAGAAAGAAUUAUAACGAUUAUAAUAAGAAAUAGAUGAAGAUAUGAGAAGAUUGACAGAAAUUUAAAAUAGAGUAUUGAUAAUUUUUAAUAUUUAUUUUAGAUUGAGAUUUUGGAUAAUUAAGAGAGGGAAGUUGAAAUGUAAUUCUAAAAGUUGGAGAGGGAAUUAUAAGAUUAGUAAGAAAAGAUUAAUAGAGCUGAGAAUAUAAUGAAUUCUAAAUUGGCAAAAGUAUAAUAAAAGAGAAUUGUACUUGAUGAAUCAAAUGCACAUAUAUCUGCUUUAGAAUUAGAUAUUCAGAAUAAUUUAAAUAAGACAUUAAAGACAUGCAUUUUGUAAUAUUUGAUAUUCUAUUAAUCUUUUUUAGUAAUUUAGUCUAAGAAUUCCCUGAAAUGCAAGCUAUAAUAGAUGCAGUCUUUUAAGAGAAAAAUGUAACUGUUCCUAGUAAAUAACCAUCUUCUGUAGGAGUACCUUCUGUUAGAUCAUCUGUGCGUUCAGCUUCUUCUCAGGGCAGAAGAUGAUU